CUUCAGAGAGAAACAGGAAGUUCAAACCGACACUUCCUGCCAUCAUGGCGGACAAUAGAAGAUCUUUGGCAAACAAAAUGGAUGAACUUCAAACCCAGCCAGGGUUUUAACGUUACUAUGGAUACAGGAUCAGAUCCAACAUCUCUAACCAUAAAACCAGACAGAUUUAAAGAGGAGCGGCGAAAGCAAAGGAGGUGGAUCAGCAGAGACACCCAGUUAAUGUUGUGCCAGGACAGGUGAGAGGGUUCAGUAAUCAGACAGGAAUCUGCUGAAGCUGUUGGUGAUGAAACAUUGUAGCUGUGCUGAUGUCAGAGGAAGCAGAGAAAGUUGGAGGAUAUAAAAGGCCUGAGAAGGAAGCAGUGAGCAGCUUCCUGAAAGCUGAGGUGUGACUCCAGAGCGGUUUCUCUGCAGGCGCUGCGUCGUCCUUCAGCAUGCUCUGCAGCCUGAACGCCAGCGUCCUGAUCAGCGCCCUGCCGCCGCUCAUCCUGACAGAGUUUGCGUUCGGGUUCCUGGGGAACGGCCUGGCCCUCUGGAUCUUCUGCUUCCACCUGCGGCCCUGGAAGAGCAGCACGGUUCUGCUCUUCAACCUGGCCAUGUCCGACUUCCUGCUGAACGUGGCGCUGCCGCUCAGGGCCAGCUAUUACUUCUCCGGGCUGCGCUGGAGCUUCGGCCCGGCGCUCUGCAGCGCCUGCCUCUUCAUGCUGGCCAUGAACCGCAGCGGCAGCACCUUGUUCCUCAUGUUCAUCGCCGUGGACAGGUACAUGCACGUGGUGCAUCCCCACCACCCCGUCAACUCGCUGAGCGUGACCAAGGCGGCGCUGGGCGCGCUGGGCGUCUGGCUGCUCGCCAUCGGAGCGGACGCGCCCAUCUUCGCCCUGCAGCACGGCAACGGCAGCCACUGCGAGAGCUUCAACACGGACGUGGACGAGCGGCACAGCCUGACCUGGCACGAGUUCGUCUUCCUGGCCUCCUUCUUCGUGCCGCUGCUCGUCAUCCUCUACUGCACCGUGCACAUGGUGCUGCAGCUGCGGCGGCGCCAGCUGGCCCACAACGCCAGGAUCAGGAAGGUUCUGUACUUCAUCUCGGUGGUGGUGGUGGUCUUCUUCGUCUGCUUCCUGCCCAGCAACGUGACGCUGCUGAUGAUCUGGAUCUGGUCCAAAUGGGCCGCCGGCUCCUCCAGGACGCAGGUCCAGACUUCUGUGUGUCCUGCGUCGGAGGAGCUGGCCAUCACCUUCUACGUCUCCAUCACGCUCACCUACCUGAACAGCGCUCUGGACCCGGUCGUCUACUACUUCUCCAGUCCGGUCUUCAAGAACUUCUGCAGGAAAACUCUGCGUCUGUCUCCAGAGGAAACAGCCGAGAAGCGGACCAGGGAGACGGCGUCGCAGUCCAUCAGUCAGCUCUGAUCCCACCAGAACCAGAACCAGCGAGUUGUUAUCCUCUAUUCCUUACUUACAUACAAGAGAAAAAACUGUUUUACUCAGGGCAGUAAAAAAAAGUAUAAAUAAAAGCCUUAAUUUCUUUAUUAAUAAUGAAAAAAAAAAAUCCCUGAAUAUUCAGAAAGACUCGGAGGAAUCGUAACGUCUUUAAAAACAAAAACUGUUGAAUUUAUUCAGAUGUGAAACUUGGGGUAGUUUGUGAUUUAGUUGUGAUCUUUUAUUAUGUUUUAUUUUUUAACUAAUGAGGCUAAUUUUGUGUACUAAAGAUGAUUAUUAUUAUUAUUCUAAAAUAAAACAAUGCAGAGGAAAUGAAUGAUUUUUUUCUAAAUAUUUUUGGAAAUGUCCUCAAAACAUUCAGAGCCAAAGUUUAUUCACUUCACGAUCAACUAGUUGAUCAAAUCCACUAAAUUUGUUCAACUAUUCAUCAGUUUAGGAUCAACUAGUUUGUCAAACUAAAUUCAGCUUUUUGUGCAUUUCCAGGAGGAAUGUGUUUUUCUUGUGUAAGCUCUAAUCACCAUAUUUAA